UCUCCUUCAUUGCACUGUAUAGAUCUGCAUAGUCUUGUGCCCGAGUGCUCUGUAGUAAUCUCUCAUCACCUCCACUGUAUGCUGCUCUACCACCCAGAAUGGCGAGGAGGACAUCUGCUGGAGUGUGAGGAACGCCGAGCUGCGUCUGACAAGACUGGACACACAACUGAGGCCAGAACUACACAGCUUGUCUGGACAGUCACCUGUUAUAGGGACAGCAUAUCCAGGAUGAAGAACUAUAUCUCUUUUUAUUAUCUUUUACAAUUUUGUGGUCAUUCAUGGAUCUUUACCAAUAUGACAGCCAGGCUUCUUUUCUUUGGAAAAGAUUCUUUUGCUGAUACAUUUUAUUCAAUUGGGCUGGUGAUGCAGGCCUGCCAGUUACUGUCUGUUUUGGAGUUGUUACACGUUUUGCUGGGCAUAGAACAACAACCUUUCAUGCCAAAGUUUUUACAGGUAACAGAGAGGUUGGUUAUCCUGUUUGUAGUCAUCAGCAGCCAGGAAGAAAUGCAGAACAAAUGCAUAGUGUGUUUUCUCUUCUUUCUGUGGAACCUUUGGGAUGCCAUAAGAUACUCAUACCAUCUGUUAUCAGUUCUUGGAACAGAUUACCCAGCUCUUACUUGGUUCAACCACACAUUAUGGAUCCCAGUUUAUCCAUUGGCAUUGUUGGCUGAAGUGUACACAGUCUAUGAAUCGCUGCCUUAUUUUGAAUCCCUUGGCACAUUUUCCUACAAUAUAGUGUUGCCAUUUGCUGUAUCUAUUCAUUUCCCAUAUAUUUUAAAGGGAUACUUGGCUCUUCUACUUGCAGGUGUGCUGUACACAUGCAGCCAUUUCUUUUCGGAAAGAAGACUUUAUCUCGAAGUACAGAAUGAAAAAAUGAAAAUAAAAUAAUAUUGAAAAGCUGCAUUAAAAAAAAAAAAGAACUUUAGAGACUGUACAGACUGAAGUUUCAUCACUGACCAUGUGACUACUUUUGAUCUACAACUUCCAGCAGGCAUUGCACAAGUUCCAUGUUGAGUGAAAGACGGGUUGGAAGAGAGGAUGAUGAAAUAGGCUAGGAAAGUCCCUUGCAUGUCCUUUUUUUCAACCAUUGGUGAGACAGACACUUACAGUAUAUACAGUAUUAUAAGCAGUGUUUUAUGUAUUAAAAGUCAGGAGCCAAGGAAAUCUCUGCAUAUUUGUCUGUAAAAAUGUAAUUUAUUAAUCAACAAUUAUUUACUUAGCUACGAGUUCAUGAACAUAUGGCUCAAGGCCUCAUUUGUAAAGGUUUACAUUUUAUUCAGUUAGUAAUAAUUAUAGCUUUAUUCUCACACACAUUCCAACACAAGUGUAAAAUGUUUAGAUUUACCAUGCUUGGCUUUUUCACUUUUUCUCGACGUGAUUCUUGUCAACCCUGCCUUGCAUACACACGAUCGUGAAGAAAAAAUGCUUGAGGAAAGCGCGGUGACGUACAACACGUAGGACAGCACUAUAAAGAGGAACUUCCAUUCGAUUGGCACCACCCUUUGGACUGAUUAUGCAAAUGUACUUUUUUAUAACUUGCUUCUGAGCAUGCACGUUUUUUUUCCGUCGUUAAAGCCUACACACGACCGUUUUACACAAUGUAAAAUACUACGAUGUGAAAAACGAAGAAAAAAGAAGAAAAAAUACAGCAUGUUCUAAAUUUUUAAUGGCCAUUUUUCACGUCGAGAAAAAUGCU